CUUAAUUCCAAACAAGAUGAAAGUACUAGAGAUUUAAUCUGAAUAUGGUGCUUCCCUAAAUGUUAGAGUAAUGAGAAAAAGAGGAUACGGACUGUGAAUACUACCUCUCUAAAGAUGUAAGAUAAACACUGUGUACUCACAGGGCCAAGGGUGAGCAAAGUCCCCUGCGGGCCCAGUUCUAGAAAGGCUGGCAUCUAUGAGCCCUGCUCACUCAUUCCCCAUUCUCAGGGAAGUGGUUGAAUUCUUUCUGCGCAAUUGUGUGUACCUCUGACUGUAGAGAAAGGGUGCCACCUACUAAGGAAGCUCCUUCUCCAGCCAGGCCCCUUUUCCUUGUGAGAGUAAGGAGAAUGAGUCAGGGAAAGCAUGGAUCACUGGAAUGAUCGAGAAAUGACUGUUAGGCACUGUCAUCUGAGUGAUUUGACUCCUGUGCUUUAAAACUCCAAGCCUUUCAUCCCAUAAAUUAAGUAUGCAAAGACAGAAUAUAGUGUUCCUCUAGAGAACACUCUCUCGUGUGUUACAUACUAAUGGCCUUUAACAAACUAAUCACUAUCACACACUCCGUCCCUCAGGCUCUUAACUUCCCUCAUCUGACAUGAGCCCCAGGCACAGCUAUUUUAUUCUUUCUCCUCUGAAUACAUCCUGGCCAUAAGCCAUCCUUUGAUGUUGAAGGACCUGAACCACAUGACCAUCUCACAGAGCAUCUCAGCGAUCCAGACUAAAGGGGAACCACGGCUUCCUCAACUUCUAAAACUAGAAUUUAUGUAGAGAGCCUCUGGUGACCCUGGCAUUUUCUUACCAGAGAUUGCUAAGUUCCCAAACUGUCACUGUCACCAGGGAAAGUCUCUUGCUGGGCUUCUGGGUCCAGGGGAACAUCUCACCUUCCACACAACUGUGUCCUUUAUGCUUUUUCUGCCCCCCUCCUCAAACAGGCCCCAGACAGCCGACCUGAGGAACAGCAGCACAGUGACCGAGUUCAUCCUCGUGGGCUUUGAGCAGAGCUCCCCUUCCACCCGAGCUUUGCUCUUCAGCCUCUUCCUGGCUCUCUACAGCCUCGCCAUGGCCAUGAACGGCCUCAUCAUCUUCAUCACCUGGACUGACCCCAGGCUCAACAGCCCCAUGUACUUCUUCCUCGGACACCUGUCUUUCCUGGACAUCUGCUUCAUCACCACCACCAUCCCACAGAUGUUGAUCCAUCUGGUGACCAAGGACCACACGGUCUCCUUUGCCUCCUGUAUGACCCAGAUGUACUUGGUCUUCCUAGUGGGUGUGGCCGAGUGCAUCCUCUUGGCUUUCAUGGCCUAUGACCGUUAUGUUGCAAUCUGCCACCCACUGAACUAUGCCCAGAUCAUGAGCCAGCAGGUGUGUGUCAGGCUGGUGUGUUCUUCCUGGAUCUUUGGGAUGGUCAACGGCAUCUUUCUUGAGUAUAUGUCAUUCCGGAAUCCCUUCUGCAAAGACAACCACAUAGAAAACUUCUUCUGUGAGGCCCCCAUAGUGAUUGCCCUCUCCUGUGGGGACCCUCAGUUCAGCAUGAAGUUGAUCUUUCUUGAUGCCAUCGUGGUGCUGCUCAGCCCCAUGGUGCUCAUUGUCACCUCCUAUGCCCGCAUCCUGACCUCCAUCCUCAGCAGAGCAUCCUCCUCAGGCAGAGGGAAGACCUUCUCCACUUGUGCCUCUCACCUGACUGUGGUCAUCUUCUUCUACACCUCAGCCAUGUUCUCUUACAUGAAUCCCCGCAGCACCCAUGGGCCUGACAAAGACAAGCCUUUCUCCCUCCUCUACACCAUCAUCACGCCCAUGUGCAACCCCAUCAUCUACAGCUUCCGCAACAAGGAAAUGAAGGGGGCCAUGGGGAGGGCCCUUGGGAGAGGCAACCUGGCCCAGGCAGAGUCUGUCUAGGAGGAAGAUACAUAGUUCCCUCCACUGGAGAGUGGAGACGUAACCCCUUUCCUGGGCCUCAUCAUCUCUGCCAGACUCCAGGAAUAAGAUUCACAGCCACCUUAGCACUAGACUCAAGAUGAAAUUUCUUUUGUGUCCAUAUAUGAUAUCUCUAGAUGCCUUUCAACACAGAUGGAUCUUCUCUGACUUCCCUUAGUUCAGGGAAGGGAGCAUCUCUGCGACCUGCAUGGGCAGCAGAGAGACAAGCUGGGGGUCGGGGGACAAGAAGGCAGUUCAGCACUAUGUGUAUCAGUGAUCAAUGUCGGUUCAAACGUCCAGAGUCUGACCCCAAGUUCUUUAUUAGGCAUAUUUAAACACAGCACAAUCUGGUGAAAACUAUUCUUGUGGUGAAUAACUGAAUCCUGCAUACACGACAAAACAUACCUAGAUCUCUGAGGAACAAAGCUAAAUACAGAUCAGACGUGACAACAUCAAACUCUUGGUAAAGCACAUGUGACACUUUUCAUAAGGAUAGAUUCUAUAGAUUGACUGAGAAAAACGAGUUUUCUAGCAGCGUCUGGAGGACGGUCCCGUGCCUGAAAGUCCCUGGCCACACAGAUUGCACAAAGGUCACCAGGCUGGAGAGCAAGUUCAUUCCAGCCUUCUGGGCGGAAAACAAGUUUUGCGUUCCUUCCCUUGAAGGAACAACCCCGUGUGCUUAACAUCCCAGGUUCCGCUAGUGCAUGUCUGCGAGCACAAAGACCUCUGUGCCCCCUGUGCCUUGGUGACACACUUUCAUUCUUGGAGGCAGAUGUACAAUGCAAAGAAACUUAUUUUAUAAAUUAAGAAGAGACAGACAUGGUUCUCAAGGAAAAGCAACUGAAGAAGAUAAUCAGAUCAUGUUUGGGGGGCAGUAGUGUGUGUGUGUGUGUGUGUGUGUGUGUGUGUGUGUGUGUUUGCAUGUUACUUAUGUGUGCAGGUGCAAAUGUGUGUGCACAGAUAGAAUUAGAAUAUUCUGACAUAUGCUCAUACGUAUUUAUAAAUGUUUUAAACUUUUUUUCUUUGUUUGAGGCAGGGUCUUCAAGUCUUGAUCCUCUUAGCCCAGUCUCUCAAGUAAUGGAAUUACUUGAAUGCACUGCCAUACUUGGUUCCACCUGGCGAUGCCAUCGUCAGUCUGGAUAUACACUGCAUAAUUUAUCAUAGUGUUUGAAGAAUCCUCCUUGUCUUCUGUAUUUUCCAUAAUCCACUCACAGCUGGUGAGUCUGCCCCAUUCUUUCCCUCGCUUUCCCCAGCCUCUAUCAUUUUAUCUAUGGGCUGGAUCGGUGGCUUGCAACCAUUGACAAUUUGGUGAUGUUGGAAAGAGUUGCUGCUGGCACCUACAGAGCAUAAGAACAGGCGCUAAACAUCCUAACAUAGUAAGGACAGCUUCCACACUGAAACUGAAUGUCCUAAGAGCUCAACGGUGAACGAAAAACUAAGG